CUUUUGAGAAUGAUUGAAGAAUCGAUGAUUUCUGUAAUCAUUUUCUCAAAAAACUAUGCAUCUUCUCCAUGGUGCUUGGAUGAAAUGUCCAAAAUUAUUGAAUGCAAAGAUAAUUAUGGACAGGUAGUUUUGCCAGUUUUCUAUCAUAUAGAUCCAUCUCUUUUACAAGAACAAAGCGGGAGUUUUGCAGAUGCAUUUACUCAUGUUGAUAAGAAUUUUAAGGAGAAAAUGGAAGAAGUGCCAAGGUGGAGGGUUGACUUGAUGAAAGCGGCUAGUUUAUCGGGAUUUGAUUCUCAGGUGAUCAGGACCUGAGGCCAAGCUUGUGAAUGAUAUUGUGAAACAUAUUAUGAAGAAGUUGAAUCAUGCAUCUCUAAAUAUUCAAAGGGCCUGGUUGGAAUAGACUCUCACAUUGAACAAUUAAAAGUUUGUUAUGCUUUGG